AUGAUUGAUUUGCUCAAGACUGCAGUGGACAAGGCACUCGAAAGUGAUAAUGGACACCUGGAUCUUUUUCUUCGAUUCCUCCUUGGUUUGUCACUCCAGUCCAAUCAGAGACUCUUACAGGGUCUGUGGACGCAGCAAAAUAGAAAUGAGCAGAGCAAAAAGGAAAUAGUUCAGUACAUCAAGCAGAAAUUUGAAGCUAAUCUGUCUCCAGAGAGAUCCAUCAAUCUGUUCUACUGUCUGAAUGAACUGAACGACCAAACUCUGGUGAAUGACAUUCAGACCCACCUUAGCAAAGGAAGCCUCUCAUCUGCUGAUCUUUCACCUGCCCAGUGGUCUGCUUUGGUCUUUGUGUUGUUGACAUCAGAGGAGGAGCUGGAGGAGUUUGAGCUUCAGAAAUUCAAGAAAUCAGACGAGUGUCUCAUUAGACUAUCAGCAGUCAUCAAAACCUCCAAAAGAGCUCUGCUAAAUGACUGUGACUUAACAGACAAAAGCUGUCCAGCUCUGGCUACAGUUCUUGGAUCAGAUACCAAUCUGAAAGAGCUGAAUAUGAACAAUAAUAAUCUGCAGGAUUCAGGAGUGAAGCUGCUCUGCACUGGACUGAAGAAUAUAAAUUGCAAAUUAGAGUUAUUGAGGCUGUGUGAUUGUGGUCUAACAGAGGAAAGCUGUUCAUCUCUCGCUACAGUCCUGAGAUCAAACUCCAGUCUGAAAGAGCUUGACAUCAGCAACAAUAAUCUGCAGGAUUCAGGAGUGAAGAAACUCCAGAACGGAUUAGAAAAUACAAAAUGCACAUUGGAGAAACUCAGACUUUCAGACUGCAGUAUCACUGGAGAAGGUUAUAAAGCUCUGUCUUCAGCUCUGAGAUCAAACCCUUCACACCUGAUAGAGCUGGAUCUCACAGGAAAUGAUCCUGGAGCAUCAGGAGUGAAGCAGCUCAGUGAUUUACUACAGGAUCCAAACUCUCAACUCAAGACACUGAGUCUGUGUAGAUGCAGUAUUACAGAGAAACAGUGUCUCAUCCUGACUUCAGCUCUGAAAUCAAACCCAUCACACCUGAGAGAACUGGAGCUGAGCUGGAAUCCAAUAAAAAACACAGGAGUGAAUCACUUAUGUGACGUACUGAAGGAUUCACACUGUAAACUGAAGAGAUUGAGGUUAAGCAACUGUGAAAUGACAGAUGAAGGUUGUUCUGCUAUGACUUCAGCUCUGAAAUCAAACCCAUCACACCUGAGAGAACUGAAGCUGAGCGGGAAUAAACUAGGAGACUCUGGAGUGAAAAACCUCAGUGAUCUACUGAUGAACACACAAUGCAAGCUGGAGAAACUAGAUCUGUGUAGAUGCAGUAUUACAGAGAAACAGUGUCUCAUCCUGACUUCAGCUCUGAAAUCAAACCCAUCACACCUGAGAGAACUGAACCUGAGCGGGAAUCCAAUAAAAAACACAGGAGUGAAUCACUUAUGUGACGUACUGAAGGAUUCACACUGUAAACUGGAGAGAUUGAGGUUAAGCAACUGUGAAAUGACAGAUGAAGGUUGUUCUGCUAUGACUUCAGCUCUGAAAUCAAACCCAUCACACCUGAGAGAACUGAAGCUGAGCGGGAAUAAACUAGGAGACUCUGGAGUGAAAAACCUCAGUGAUCUACUGAUGAACACACAAUGCAAGCUGGAGAAACUAGAUCUGUGUAGAUGCAGUAUUACAGAGAAACAGUGUCUCAUCCUGACUUCAGCUCUGAAAUCAAACCCAUCACACCUGAGAGAACUGAAGCUGAGCGGGAAUAAACUAGGAGACUCUGGAGUGAAAAACCUCAGUGAUCUACUGAUGAACACACAAUGCAAGCUGGAGAAACUAGAUCUGUGUGGAUGCAGUAUUACAGAGAAACAGUGUCUCAUCCUGACUUCAGCUCUGAAAUCAAACCCAUCACACCUGAGAGAACUGAAGCUGAGCUGGAAUAAACUAGGAGACUCUGGAGUGAAUCACUUAUGUGACGUACUGAAGGAUUCACACUGUAAACUGGAGAGAUUGAGGUCAGUAACAUUCACAGACAAGAAUCAAAAUGAUGAAAAUCACUUUGUUUAACCCUUAAGCGCUGUUCAAGGUCU